AUGUCUUCAUCUACGCCGAACCUUACCGGCGACGGUCUUCCUCUCCGCCCCGUUUUAAAGCAGGACAAUGAGUCCGAGAGGCCAUCCUCCCAGAAUACCAUUCUGAGCGCCAAAGCUGUGCAAAUCGCCGAACCCGAACCAAUCGUAGAAGAUGUCCUUCCCAAGAGGCAGUUUUCCGCUGGGCUUGCAAGACGUCUGAGUGGCCGUUCUCCCGUGCCCGAGUUCAACUCUUCUAGAUCUUCGCUCCUAAGUCAGAAUGGCCUAGAGCCAUCCAGCAGCCAGACAGCUAGCCCGUCUAUGAAUCAUCAACAAGAAGGUGGCCGACCGCAUUCCCAUCAUAUCCACCACCAAGUAGAUAGGUUUGUUGCUCAAGUCUAUGAUUGGCUGGAACGUGAACGAGUCAAGAAGGAAAACAGAGGGUCAAGGAGACAUCAUUCGAGACGGAACAGAUCUCACAAGGAUGAUGCCGACAAAGACGACACACAGCAACAACCAGAGAGGCAUAGGGCAUACUCAAUUGAUUCUCAAUCCAGCGACGUAUCAUUAGAUAGGCUGCAGAAAAUCAUCGAUGACGGAAUGAGCAACUUGGGCCUGCACGGGAUACCGCACUACAGCCCGAAACUUGGGAAGAAGUCCCAAAGGAGGCGAUCCGUUACCAUGCAUCGAACUGUUUCAUCGGAUACAGAAUAUCACGAUGGCACUGUUGUCGUCCCAACCUGCGAUGCGGUUCUGGAUAACUCUAAGACUUUGGGUUACUCCGGAGGGAAACCUACUUCCACAGAUGACCUUGCAGCACUUCUAAGCAAGAAAGCGGAAAAGGAGCGCAAAGCUUGGAUCAGUUUCAAAAAUGAAAUUAUCAAGCUAGCGCAUACUCUAAAAUUCAGAGGCUGGAGACGUGUUUCUCUGGAUAGCGGCGAGAGUAUUGAUGUAACACGGCUGAGUGGAGCCUUGACAAACGCCGUGUAUGUUGUGUCCCCGCCAGAGGAUACAGUGGUAAAGGGAGAGGGAAGCAAAAGAGCACCGGCAAAAUUGCUUCUAAGAAUCUACGGCCCCCAAGCAGACCACAUCAUCGACAGACAAAACGAGUUGCUUGUGCUCAGGAGACUCGCCAAGAAGAAAAUCGGCCCUCGCCUACUGGGGACAUUCACCAACGGCCGCUUUGAGCAAUAUCUUAACGCAGAACCCCUUACAGCAGCCGAGCUUAGGGAUCCAGAUACGUCGAAACAAAUCGCCAAGAGAAUGAGAGAAUUGCAUGACGGAAUAGAACUCCUGGAUAAGGAAAUGGAUGGUGGGCCAAUGGUCUUGAAGAAUUGGGAUACAUGGAUCGAUCGAGUCUCACGUGUGGCCACGUACUUGGAUCGAAAAGUACUCUCUGGCAACACUGGCGCCCUCAGGGGCCCGGCGGAUGUGUGGACCCAGAGAGGCUUUGUGUGCGGAGUGGAAUGGACUACAUUCAAGAAAGUGGUAGACAGAUAUCGGAAAUUCUUGAACGAACACUAUGGAGGUCCCCGUGUCAUAAGGGAUCACCUCGUAUUUGCACAUAGUGAUACACAAUACGGCAACAUUCUCCGUGUUAGGCCUGACGACAAGAAAUCACCGUUGCUGCAACCAAACUAUGAGCACAAGCAGCUGGUGGUGAUAGACUUCGAGUAUUCGGGCGCCAACACGAGAGGUCUUGAGUUCGCCAAUCACUUCACCGAGUGGUGCUACAACUACCACGACGAGGCCGCGCCCCACGCGUGCAAUACAGCCAACUAUCCGACGCCAGAAGAACAACGUCGCUUCAUCAAAGUGUACGUCAACCACCGGCCCGAGUUCCCCCACCCGGGUGCGUCGACGCCGAACCUAACGCCUCUCGCGACCCCGACACUUCAACCACAGCCUAGUACGCCCGGGCUCAGUGCCUUCAGCUUGGGCUCGACCAGCUCGAUUAAGGAAUUCAUGCUGGACUCGCGCGCGCCCCCUGGAGGUUGGAAGGAGGAGGAGAAGAGGAGGGAGAGCGAGGCCGAAAUCCAGGUUGAGGCCCUCAUGGAAGAGACGCGCAUCUGGCGCAUAGCGAAUAGUGCACAAUGGGUCGCGUGGGGCCUCAUGCAGACCAGUAUACCAGGGCUUGAUGACGAUGCCAGCGCCGCCGGCAGAGAAACGCAGCAAGGUGCAGAAGGAGCAGUCGCACCACCAGCGCCGGAGGAAGAAGAGGGCGAGGCGAGCGAAGAGUUCGAUUACUUGGCUUACGCCCAGGAACGCGCCUUCUUUUUCCUAGGCGACUGUAUCAAGAUGGGCUUGCUUUCCGAGGAGGAGUUGCCGGAACAAGUGAGGGGGAUGAUCAAAUACGUGGAUUACUGA